GGAAGGACUCGCGCGUGUGAUUCUGAGGCUCUCCGUUCAUCUGAAACCGGCAGGAGGCGUUUCCCACGGGAGGCUGCUCGGUAACACCGGGCCAGCCUGCAGCCGGAGGCGUGGUGACGCGCGCGCGCCCAUAAAUACCGCGGAGCCUCCACCCGGGCGCUCCUUCUCUCCGCUCCUCCGACCACCAACAUCCUGGAAGAGGACACACAGGCGGAAUACCCACACACACCGAGAGAGAGAGCGAGAGAGAGAGAGAGAGAGAAAGGAAGGAAAGGAAGGAAUCCUCAGGAGCGCAACGAGUGAAGGAUACAACUUGGAGAACUCUUUGGACGCGAUGAGGAUUUUCGGUGUUGUUCUGCUGCUCGUUCACGUCUCCGCCGUGACUAGACUGGCCAGCGGAGCCGCAGUGGACCGGUAUGAGAGCGACAGGCAGCGGCACACAGCAGUGUUCAACCUGGACACCACCAGGAACCAGAGGGUGGAGGAGGAGGAGGAGGAGGAGGAGAGCCUGAGCGCCACCACAGCAGAGUACGGCCGGGCCGGCGUGGAGGAGUACGGGGAUUAUUACUAUGAAGACGAGUACGAAGACGGCAUGUCUGGAGACUACGUGGAGCUACCACGAAUUGCCAUGGUCAGCAAACCCAAAAAUCCGUCGUCCAUCCUGGAGGCAGAAGGACAGAGGAGGCGAGGGAAGGGGAGGAAGAGGGGGAAGGGGAAGGGGAAGAAGAGGAACCCGUGCCUGAGGAAGUACAAAGACUUCUGUAUCCACGGCACCUGCCAGUACCUGAGGGACGUCCACGCCCCGUCCUGCGUGUGUCACCUGAGCUACUCCGGGGAGCGCUGCCAGUUCUUCACGCUGCCGCUGGAGAAGCCGCAGGAGGGCUACAACCGGACCACGGCGCUGGCCGUGGUGGCCGUGGUGCUGUCGUCCGUCUGCCUCACCAUCAUCGGCCUGCUGCUGCUGCUCAGGUUUCACAAGCGGGGAGCGUACGAUGUAGAGAAUGAGGAGAAGGUCAAGCUAGGGUUAGCCUCCAGCCACUGAGGAGACGAGGAAAGGCAAAGAUGUGGAAAUUCUACCUCAAAAUAGAAGAAGAGAAGGUAGCUGCGACGGGAAGGUCCUGGAGGGCGGAGGGUCGACCGAGAGGGCGAGGGCGCCUGCCGCCUCCACGAGACGUUCAGGGGACGCGUGGGCGGGGGGACUUAUUCCUGAAGGCCCCAGGAGGAGUCGGCCCACCUGGAACUGGAAUACUAACGGCCCAGAGGACGGACUGGAGGACGGACUGGAGACGAGGAGGAGGAGGAGGAGGAGGAGGAGGAGGAACACGUCUCGACUCUGUGCUGCUUCCGGUGUGAAAAGAGGUCGUUUUGGACUGAAAGAGUUUUAACGAAAGCAUUUUUGUAUUUUCCUGCACAAGUCCAUCUUUUCUCUCUUUUUUUUGUGUACAGUAAACCGUAUAUUUAUAAUUUUAAUUUAUUUAUUUAUGCUAACUGUAUUUAUAGAGAUUUUAACCGCCGUCGACCGUUUAAAACAAACCUAAUGAUGUUACAGCUGUUUUUAUAUUUCCUCUUCCGUUAUUUAUUGAUGAUUUUCUUGUUAAAUUCGGCACUUGUAGACGAUCCGACGCACUGAAGAGACGGCCGUGCUUUAGAUUAUUCAGGCUGGAUUCACUCGGAGCACCGGGAGCUGCCCGGUGCCGCCGGUGUCGAGGCGUGAGCCGCCAGGCAGCGCGUGGCCUUGCUCAAAGGCACGGCGGCGCUGGCGGCGGGGGGUCGUGGCUGCUCUUACUCCGACGCCUGCUGCAGGUUUGGGGAUCUUUUUGCCACUUUGGUGCGAGAGCCGUCAUCACGAUGUGUAUUUAUUAAAGGGAACAUAGAGACUGUAUUAUUAUUAUUAUUAUUAUUAUUAAGAAGAGUCGAACAUCAAAGGCUCUGCAGCGAGAUGUUUGUCGUGUUGUCUUUCUGCCAUUAGAGGAGAGAACAUGAAAUGUGAAUUACAGAGUCCCGCCCUUUAAAUCCUGUCCUGCAAGUUUUGAAGUGAUUUUUUUAUUUAUGUGAUUUUUUUUCUUUCUUUUUUUCAGAGCAAAAUAAAAAAACGAACUCAAAAAGAC